GAGUGUGUUCGCCCGGGCUAGCUCUCCUUUCUUAGGCGACUACGGGCAAUGUCUAAUCUCUGACGUACUAUAGCAUUGGCUUUUUCUCUCUUUUCUCCUUUUCUCAUCUACUCGCCUUGUUCUUUAACUUCUUGGUCUCCAGGGGGUAAUUUCUUGACUUUCUACUUGCUUUCAGCUUUUCUCUUUUACUAUAAGAUUACCCCUACCCUUUCUCUCUCACACAUAAAUAUUUAUAUAUUCCUCUGGUUGCUAAGUACCAAACAUCCACCUCUUCGUUCUUCCUAUCCAAUCUUUAACCAUGACAGACCCCCACUCCAAUUUCUGCACAGGACGGCUCAAUUUCAUGCCUGAUCUCCAUCCUCACUUUUCUUCUCUACCUUCUUAUUACUCUUUGAAUUCCUAUCCUUUUUUUGAUUCCUAUUCAGACAACAUCAUAAAGAACAGAUCUUCCAUUCAGUACCAACCCUCUAUUCCCUCAUCACCUCCCUCACCUCCUCUGAAGGAAGCUCUUCCUCUAAUAAACAGCUUAAGCCAAACCAGACAUGAAGAACACGAGUCCUCAAGUAGUGCAAUGGAAGAGGAAGAGGACAAGAACAAGGUUGAUGGAGAUGAAACUUUUGCCGUAGCCCUACACAUAGGCCUCCCUAGCCCUAGUUCGCAUUCGGGCUCUAUGUUGAUCUCUCCUUCAGCAGAUGUGACGGAUAAGGAAGGAGGAGUACUUAGCGUGAUGUCAGGAUACCCCUUGGAAAGACCCAACCAGAGUCAGUACUGGAUUCCAACCCCUUCACAGAUUCUCAUUGGUCCUACUCAGUUCACCUGUCCAGUUUGCUCCAAGACCUUUAAUAGAUACAAUAAUCUCCAGAUGCAUAUGUGGGGACAUGGAUCUCAAUACAGGAAAGGACCACACUCUCUGAAGGGAACUCAGCCGACAGCCAUGCUAAGGCUCGCAUGCUAUUGCUGUGCACCAGGAUGCAAGCACAAUAUAGAGCACCCAAGAGCGAGGCCUCUGAAAGAUUUUAGAACCCUCCAAACACAUUACAAGAGAAAGCAUGGGACCAAAUCUUUCAUGUGCAGAAAAUGUGGCAAGGCAUUUGCAGUGAAAGGUGAUUGGAGAACCCAUGAGAAGAACUGUGGGAAGGUUUGGUAUUGCAUUUGUGGGUCGGACUUUAAGCAUAAGAGAUCUUUAAAAGACCACGUCAAGGCUUUUGGCGUCGGUCACGGAGCUUUUGGUAUCGAUUGCUUUCGAGAAGAAGAUGAACCUGCAUCAGAUAAUGAACUUGAUUGUGACUCCUCGAUGUGAAAUUAAUUAUGAAAUUGAGUCUCUUGGGGAAUUCUCUGGUCAUCACUUCAUGAACUGGUAUUUAGCUGAUCUACUUAUUUAAUUAUAUGGCUCAAGACAUAUGAAAAAUUUACUUUAUUUAUGCCUUCUUUCACUCUACUUAA